GUAUGAUACACUGUGAUACCAGUGUCCGAACACCGAACAGCGAACUCCGAAGGAGAGACAUCAUACUUUUUUGUACCGGCAUGUGUUUUUCUAACAAUUGUCAGUAUUGUCAUCACUCAAAAUAUUUAUCUGGCGUUUUUCUCUCACGAUAGAACGGAAUUGAACGGCAUUUUCGAAGAUCGCGAAGAGGCGUAUGCAUGUCGAUCAUGCAUGUUCUGCAGGUGUCAAUAUACAUUGCAUUUUACCUGUGUGCGUUCUUCUUGACUGCCAAUUGUGAGGAAUCCGAUACAGUCGAUGAUGUCACACCACCCGCUCCUGAGCUCAGAAAUAUAAACUCGUUCUUCUAUAUGUCUGCGAAAGAAGACUCAUUUAGUCCCGCAGAGACAGGGAAGAACGAGCAAUCGCUUUCCAUAGCACAGCCAUGCAAUUGUAAAGAUGAACGAAAUACUCAGGAAGCAAUCUUCUACAAACGUUUGAAUGCCAUCCUACUAUCGAAUCUUGCGAUGCAGAGAAAUGAUGACAGAUUAGUUGGAACGCUUAACAUAGAAAUGUCUUCCUCACAAUUGGAGUAUCUGCAGAACUUUGUAAACGGCCAGGGUUCUAUAAGAGAAGUCGACAGAAUUCUCGAUAGUGCUAUAAAACGGCCUGAAUACUCGGCAUGUCACUACAUGGCCGAGGCGUCUCAUUACUUCAAUAUAUUUGCGAGCAAAACAUCAGAGUAUUGGAUGUAUUAUGUAUCACUUGUGAAAGAACACUGGGACAUAACUAUAAUCUCUUUUACACUCGUAGUUAGUUUUAUGAUUUUGAGAAGACAAGGAUGUUCUCGAGGUUUAGUUAUCUUUCUCAUGAUUGAUGUUAUAUUUGUAAUUAGUUUUUUCAUAACUUGGUGGCGACUCAUACAGGAAGCAGAGAUUAAAUUAACGGCGGCACAAGCACAAUUUGCAGAAAUGCCAAUUGCCUGCCAGCCGCACAAAAUGAGUCUUCGGGACAAGAUAGUCACAUGGUUUUUUCCUACAAACGAUUGUGAAAAAUAUUACGAAUCGAUCAUGACGGAUCCUAGGCUGCAAGUGACACCAGCACUUGCAUUGACUCAUUUUCUCAGUACUGUCAUAUUUCAACCUUUAUCAUACUUUGGACUUGUUAUAUCUGAAUUUAUAGACAAUGCCACCGGUAAAUUGAACUUUUUGUACAAGUUUCCUAUUGUACUCGCCCUCUUCUUAAGUUUCUGUAUAUGUAUAAUAUUGAUACCGUUUUCCUGGAUUGGCGGAUCUAUUAACUUUGGUAUUGGGCCAUUCUUCAAAUUUGGAAUGAAAGGCAGACAAAGUUCGCCAAAGAAAGAAGACCGCAUUGAACGGGUUUAUGAGGAAACUUCACCUAAAAGGUUGAAAGAUUCGGGAAAACUGAAACAAAUUACAUUGGGGCAAGAUAAUGAUCUUGCUGGAGGCGACGCUAGUACCGACGCGCAUCAUUCAAGAGAAAGACGUAAAAAGUGCAAGUGUGAAAAUAAAAAUGGAAAUAAAGAUGCGGAAUGUAUGCAGAAAGAGAAGGAUCAAAAUUGUUAAUGUUCUUACACUGCUACAUAUGUAGUACUCUUAUUGUUUUUACCAGAUUUAUUUUACAUUACUAAUUAAGCUCUUUAGCUUAGUAAUUAUUAAUUUUUAUACUAUUAAUAAUAAGCGCAUAUCGGUAUUGUAUAUUUGAAAUUAUAAGCUCACUUUAUUUGUCUUAUGAUUAUGAAAAAGUGUUGAUGGCUAUAAAUCGAUCUGAAAAUAAGUAUAUUUAGUGUCGGUUUAAUAUAUUGAAAAUAUUGAAAAAAUUUUAUUGUAUCAUAAAAUAUACUUUUUCAUAUAUUUUCACAUAAUUAAUUUAUUUUAGUAUCUUGCUUGUAGGAAUUGUACUACCGUUCUCAAUGCGCGAAUGCGCUGCGAAUUACUGGUGUAAGAGCACUUUGUAUUUUUAUAAAUUAUUACUACUUGCUGUGAUAAAUCUUAUAUACUUAAUCAUAAGAUAAUGUAUACCGAUUAGCGCGAUACACGCAGCUAUUAUUUUGUAAAGCUUGUUCAAAGUACCUUAUUAAACGAUACAUUGAAUACUUAA